AGAGGAAACAUCUCUGCCUCUGGAACUCCAGAUAAUGGCUGACGCUCCACAGAAUGACUCUGAAUGUCCCUCAUCUGGCCAGACCGAAGCUUCAGCUGGAGGUCUGAGUUUGCUGGAGAGCUCGACGCAGGAGAACCAAGAAGAUGGCCAGGUUUUGUUUGAGGAUUCUGUGUUUGCUGGUUGUUUGCAGGAUGGACUGCACAGUCUGUGUCUGGAGGACAGCUUGACAGAUGUGAUUCUCAAUGUACAGAGUCAGAGCUUCAAGUGCCAUCGAGUGGUCCUCGCUGCAGCCAGUCAUUAUUUCAGAGCAAUGUUUUGUAAUGACCUAAGAGAAAAGCAUGAAGAAAAUGUUAAUAUUAAAGGCAUUGAUGCUGACACUAUGAGAAUCCUGUUAGAUUACACUUACACCAGCAAAGUCACCAUCACCAAAGACAAUGUUCAGAGAAUGCUUGAGGCCGCCUGCCUUUUUCAGUUUCCUCGUAUUGUGGACGCUUGUGCAAGUUAUCUCGCGGAAGCCCUUCAUCCAGAGAACUGUGUGGGGAUCCUGCAUCUGGCCGACGUUCACUCACUAGAGUCUCUAAAGACACAGGUUCACUCCUACAUUGUCCAGAACUUCUCCCAGGUGGUGGAUCAUGAAGAGAUCCUGGAGCUUCCCGCAGACGUGUUGGUCAGUCUGAUCCAGCAUGAUGAUUUGGGGGUUACAGAGGAAGAGCAGGUGUUUGAUACGGUUAUCCGCUGGGUGAAGGCCCGAGAGGAUGACAGGACAGCUCUGCUGCCUCGCGUACUCACACAUGUGCGGCUGCCCUUGCUGGACCCGUGGUUCUUCGUGGAGCGGGUGGAGGGAGACCCAUUGAUCCGCCAUUGUGCAGAGGUUUUCCCACUGCUGCAGGAGGCCAGAGUUUAUCACCUCUCAGGAAAAGAGGUGAUCUCUGAGCGCACCAAACCGAGAGUGCAGGAGUUUCAGUCGGAGGUCUUUAUGAUCAUCGGAGGAUGUACAAAGGAAGAGAAGUUUGUAUCAGAGGUCACCUGUCUGGACCCGCUACGCAGGAGCCGCUUAGAGGUUGCAAAACUGCCAAACACUGAGAUGGAGACUGAGAGUGAAAACAAGAAGUGGGUGGAGUUUGCAUGUGUCACAUUCAGAAACGAAGUGUACAUCUCAGGUGGCAAGGAAACUCUGCAUGAUGUGUGGAAGUAUAAUGCAUCACUGAACAAAUGGAUCCAGAUUGAGUUCCUCAACACAGGCCGCUGGAGACACAAGAUGGCAGUUGCUGGUGGAAAGGUGUAUGUUUUGGGUGGCUUUGAUGGAACCCAGAGAUUGAAUUGCGUUGAAGCCUAUGAUCCUUUUCACAACUGCUGGUCAGAGGCAGCGCCGCUUAUGUUGAGUGUGAGCUCUUUCUCUGCUGCCAGCUUUGACAGAUGCAUCUACGUGAUUGGUGGAGGUCCUAAUGGCAAGCUGGCCACAAACAACAUGCAGUGCUUCGACUCACAAUCAAAUAAAUGGAGCCUUAAGUGUCCGAUGCCAACUGAGGCCAAAUGCACAAAUGCAGUGACCUUUAAGGAUGCCAUUUUUGUUGUUGGUGGAGCGAUGAAGGCUUUGUAUUCCUACAGUCCUCUGGUAGACUCGUGGACGCUGAUAAUCCAGCUGGGCUGUGAGAGAGCCAGCUGUGGCAUUGCUGCGUGCAACAACAAGCUCUUCAUUACUGGAGGCCGCGAUGACAAGAAUGAGGUGAUCGCGACAGUUCUCUGCUGGAACCCGGACACAAAGAAGUUAACAGAGGAGUGUGUGCUUCCACGUGGAGUCUCUCAUCAUGGCAGUGUGACUAUCAGGAAGUCCUACACGCAUAUACGCAGGAUAACACCUGGAACUGCCACUGGAUGACAGAUAUAUCAGCUGGAGAGUGCAGUUUUACAGUUUGUAUAGUGGAGGCUUUGUUGUUUAGCCUCCUUCUUAGAGCGCCUGCCUCUGUGUGGAACUGAAAAGGUUACAUUGGGCUCUACUAAC